UGUAUAUGCCUUUUACCAAAAAAACUGUAUAUGCUAGACCACACAAAUUCAUCACCAAGUAGCCAUACUCAAUCCGCAGGCCUCAACCUCUCAUAAAAUACUUGGGAUUUUUCGUUAUCCCCAUUGACGAAUGGGAUUGGAAGGGGCCAAAAUAACCACGAAAUAAUUUAUAACAAUCAUACCAAAGCCAAAACUCUAAAGCCCCCCGAGCUUUCCCUGCGUUUGCGAGUGCCAACUGCAGUAGAAGAAAAUGGCAGCAGAAUCAUUGUUGAAAAUGUCAUCUGCUUCUACUGCUUCAUCACUCUACAACUUAUACGGCUCCUCAAGGAGACCUCUACCUUCCAAGUCUCUCCGGCGACAGGGCAAUUCUGGUAGCAGUGGUAAAGUCUGUUCACUCAAUACUUCUUCGGCUUCAGAAUUCUUUGGAAGCCUCCGGCGCCUUCGAACAUCUCCAAACCUCUCAAUUUUGCCGCAUAAUCAGAGGAUGCGAAAUGGGUUCAGCGUUUUCGCCAUGGCAGCCGACGGUCUCUUCUUCUUACUUAUCUCUAUCUUUUUUGCGUUUGUACUUUGUAGCCCUGUUGUUUGUUUUUCUACUGGAAUGUUUGUUUGUUGAAUUUUUGUUGAUUUGGAGAUACCCUUUGUGCUCUUAAUUGAGGAAUUAGGAUAAAGCUGUUGUCUUUAUUGUCAUUUGGUUGAAAGCGUCAUGGCUUCGGUUGUCUUCUUACUGAAUUACUCCAUCCUUCCUUUAUGUUCGAUGAAUUGCUAGCUGGUUUCUUAUAUGGUUUUCGUGGAUUGAGGUUUUAGAGCAAGUCCAUGAUUUGAUAGUUCAUUUCUUUUUGAAGUUUGUAUGUGCUUUGGCAUGAUAGUUCUCUUAAUCGCAUGAGUUGAUAUUGUGAUUCCAUUGUAUGAAAACCUUUGAAGGGAGUUGUGAUGUUCUGAACCAUCAUUUGUUGCUGAAGGGCUGUUUUUAAGUUAAGUGUACUUGGAUUAGAAAUUAUUUUGGUAAUUGGCUAAACAAGUUUUCUUUGUGCUUUUUAAAUUUGCAGAAGGGAAGAGAGCAUUUCCUUUGAAAGACUAUCGUAAUAUAGGAAUUAUGGCUCAUAUUGACGCAGGAAAGACAACUACGACAGAAAGAAUACUGUAUUACACCGGUAAAAAUUACAAAAUUGGUGAAGUGCAUGAAGGAACAGCCACCAUGGAUUGGAUGGAACAAGAACAAGAGAGAGGAAUCACCAUUACAUCCGCUGCCACCACUGCAGUUUGGGACAAUCAUCGAAUCAACAUUAUUGAUACUCCUGGGCACGUUGACUUUACCCUCGAAGUGGAGCGUGCCCUUAGGGUUUUGGAUGGUGCUAUCUGUUUGUUUGAUAGUGUUGCUGGAGUGGAACCCCAAUCUGAAACUGUUUGGAGACAAGCCGACAAAUAUGGUGUCCCUAGAAUAUGCUUUGUCAACAAAAUGGAUCGUCUUGGUGCUAAUUUCUUCCGAACAAGAGACAUGAUAGUCACAAACUUGGGUGCUAAGCCGCUUGUUAUUCAAAUUCCUAUUGGUGCAGAGGAUAAUUUUAAAGGAGUUAUUGAUCUGGUCAAGAUGAAAGCUAUUGUUUGGUCUGGGGAAGAAUUGGGCGCAAAAUUCUCCUAUGAAGACAUUCCUGCUGAUUUACAAGAGAUUGCCGAAGAUUAUAGGGCGCAGAUGAUUGAGACGGUUGUGGAGCAGGAUGAUGAUGCUAUGGAAAAGUAUCUGGAAGGAACUGAACCUGAUGAGGCAACAAUCAAGAAGCUAAUCAGGAAAGGAACUAUCUCCGCCAGUUUUGUUCCCAUUCUAUGUGGCUCUGCUUUUAAGAAUAAGGGUGUCCAGCCUCUUCUUGAUGCAGUUGUUAGCUAUUUACCUUCUCCACUUGACUUGCCACCAAUGAAGGGGACUGACCCCGAAAACCCAGAAGUGAUCUAUGAAAGGAAACCUGAUGACAAUGAGCCUUUUGCAGGAUUGGCUUUCAAGAUUAUGAGCGAUCCAUUUGUGGGAUCCCUAACUUUCGUUAGGGUUUAUGCAGGGAAGCUCACUGCAGGAUCCUAUGUUCUUAAUGCCAACAAAGGGAAGAAGGAGAGAAUCGGUAGACUUUUGGAAAUGCAUGCAAACAGCAGAGAGGAUGUCAAGGUAGCCUUAGCUGGUGACAUUGUUGCUCUUGCUGGUCUGAAAGAUACAAUAACUGGGGAAACACUGUCUGAUCCCGAAAAUCCUGUAGUCCUGGAAAGGAUGGAUUUCCCUGAUCCUGUGAUAAAGGUGGCUAUUGAGCCCAAGACCAAAGCUGACAUUGAUAAGAUGGCCAAUGGUUUGGUCAAGCUUGCUCAAGAAGAUCCAUCUUUCCACUUUUCAAGAGAUGACGAGACCAACCAAACAGUUAUUGAAGGAAUGGGAGAAUUGCAUCUUGAGAUUAUUGUUGAUCGGCUUAAAAGGGAAUUCAAGGUGGAGGCUAAUGUUGGCGCACCCCAAGUGAACUACAGGGAAAGCAUAUCUAGAGUUGCAGAAAUCAAGUAUGUUCACAAGAAACAAUCUGGUGGUGCAGGGCAGUUUGCAGAUAUCACUGUAAGGUUUGAGCCUAUGGAGGCAGGUAGCGGGUAUGAAUUCAAGAGUGAGAUCAAGGGAGGAGCGGUGCCAAAAGAAUAUAUUCCAGGUGUUAUGAAAGGGUUGGAGGAGUGCAUGAGUAAUGGUGUUCUGGCAGGCUUUCCCGUGGUUGAUGUUCGUGCUGUUUUGGUAGAUGGUUCAUAUCACGAUGUGGAUUCUAGUGUUUUGGCAUUCCAACUGGCAGCAAGGGGAGCUUUCAGGGAGGGAAUGAGGAAAGCUGCUCCGAGGAUGUUGGAGCCUGUUAUGAAGGUUGAAGUUGUCACCCCUGAAGAUCACUUAGGGGAUGUUAUUGGUGAUCUUAACUCAAGAAGAGGACAAAUCAUCGAUUUUGGCGAUAAACCUGGUGGCCUCAAGGUUGUGAAUGCCUUAGUUCCAUUAGCAGAGAUGUUCCAAUAUGUGAGCACUUUAAGAGGAAUGACUAAAGGUCGGGCAUCCUACACGAUGCAGCUGGCAAAGUUCGAUGUGGUUCCUCAACACAUACAAAACCAGCUUUCUUCCAAGGAGGAAACGGUUGCUGCUUAAUCUGGUUUGUACUUGGUUUAAGGCAGUAGAUUACUGUAGAGGAAUGGUAAGUCUUGGUUUCUAACAAAAUGUGAAGACUUCGAAGAACAGUCUGAUAUUUGUGUGCCACAAUUUUGAUGCAUGAUUUGAAAUCCCCAAGCACGUCUAUUAUUUUUUGUACUGAACUUUUUCAUACACGAUUGCUUGCUCGUAUUGGGGGUUUGAAGCUGUUGAACAGUGACCUGUUUAAUGACACAUUUGCACAAAGACAAUUUUCUUGACAAUGUCGCGAGCUAAAUUCUACUGGCAGAGAUGUAUGGUCCCGACGUCCCGUUGCCAAAUCGCUACGUUGAUUCAAAAUAAUUAAAAAUUUUUAAAAC